AUGAAGUUUGACACAUUCACUGAGGUGCCCGUGUCUCUUGUUCUCUUCUCUCUCAUCUGCAUUGACAUCGUAGAGAGAAUCCGUCAUUGCAGACUCACUGGCCAAGCCAAUGAACUGGUUAGAAACGCAGACAUCCCCUCUGCCGUGCUUACACGCGUGGAGCCGGUGAACCCUAUCAUCGCUGCAGCGACUGGCCCCGCCCCGGCCACGACGGCCGCCGCUGCAACGCAAACCACGGCGCAGAACGGGAACCAGAAUGGCAUAGGGCCUCGACUGGAGGCGAACGGAACGGUUCCAGGGUUGCCUGGCAACCAAGAUCGAACAUUCACCAUGACAAGCCUCAACUCCCGUUCAGGCCUCCAAAAUGUCCCCGGCAUUCCCGGCAUUCCCGGCGUUUCCGGGGUUCCUGUUGUUCCAGGUACUCCUGGUGCGACGGUCUCGGCAUUCCAGAUCCCUCCGUACGCUCCGUACUCGGGCCCACUGCGCUUCUUACUGGCAAGCGACGCCCGGGCAGAGGUGUUUGUGGACAGCUUCUUGUUCUGGAUGGACACGGCCGAGAUGGUGCGCGUGGCUGGAAACACAUACGUCUGCUUUUCCGGUUGGGUGUUGCCCAUCUACAUCUUCAGCUUUCUCUCCACGCUCCGACUCACAGACAGCAGCUCUUUCCUAAUCUACAAUGACGCCCACAACAAGUGUGUGAAGGCAGUGAGCUCCAGUGUGGUGGUUGCUGCACCAUGUGACCCAUCCUCAGACAACCAGAGGUUCCGAUGGGUCUCCUCAUCGCGUCUCCUCAGUAUCUCACUGAAGCUGUGCCUGGGAGCUCAGGACCUGAAAGACUGGGUCAAAGUUCUACUAGUCCCCUGCAAUGAGCUGAGCCCCCUACAGGCCUGGGAGUGUAAGAACGAGACACUGUUUGGCCUAAAAGGCCAGGCACUACAUUUCAACUAUGGCAACAAGAAUGAAAAAAACGUGAUGGUGUACAAAGGCUCGGGCACCUGGAGCCGCUGGCAGAUCUAUGGCAGCAAUGUGGACCUCUGUUCCCAUGGUUACGAAGAGAUGUUUACCAUUGGUGGGAAUGCCUUUGGCCGCCCUUGCCAGUUCCCUUUUAAAUUUGGGGAGGAGUGGUAUGCUGAGUGCACACUGGCCGGGCGAUCUGACGGACAGCUCUGGUGCUCCACGGAAACAGACUACAACACAGAGAAGAAAUGGGGCUUCUGCCCAUCGAAAUCAUCUGCUGUUGGUUGGGACAGUGAUCCGGUGACAGGAGUUUUAUAUCAAAGGAAUACCCAGUCUGUACUUACAUGGCAUCAAGCACGCAAAAGCUGCCAACAGCAGGGAGCCGAUCUUCUGAGCAUUGUUGAGCUACACGAGCAGACUUAUAUCUCAGGUUUGAUUAAUCAUUUGGGAACUUCUCUCUGGACUGGGCUCAACAGCCUGGAGUUCCAGAGUGGCUGGCAGUGGAGCAAUGGAAACCCAUUCAGAUAUCUAAACUGGGCACCAGGUCAUCCAUCCUUAGAACCCGGUCUCAACUGUGCUGCAAUGAAUGCUGGGAAAGCAUCUAAGUGGGAAAGCAAAGAAUGCAGCAAGAAGCUUGGUUACAUCUGUCGCAAAGGCAACUCUACCAGCAUCACACCUGUUGUAGGUAAGGAGUACCCUAGUUUCUGCCCUCCAGGCUGGAUUCCAUACAUGGGUCACUGUUACUCUCUUCAGCGUACCAAAAAGUUGUGGAGCGACGCACUGGCAGCCUGCCGUAAAGAUGAAGCUGACCUGGCCAGCAUUCACAAUAUCGAAGAACACAGUUUCAUCAUUUCACAGUGCGGAUACUUGGCCACUGAUGAACUCUGGAUUGGUCUGAAUGAUCAGAGGAUUCAGAACCUGUUUGAGUGGUCAGACAGAUCUCACGUCACAUUUGCCAAAUGGCAGGCAGGAGAGCCUUCCCACACCAGCAACCUGCAAGAGGACUGUGUUCUCAUCAAAGGGAAGGACGGUAAAUUUGCGGAUGACAUGUGCGAGAAACAGUAUGGGUAUCUCUGCAAGAAGAAAGCCUCCAGCAAACCUGACGGAGCACCAGAGGUGGUCAGCGCUGGAUGUCCGCCCGGCUGGAUUCGAUACUCCUGGUAUUGCUACAAUAUCGGAGUUGAGAUCAAAACUUUUGAUGAAGCAAAGCAGGCAUGUGAAGAGAGCCAGGCGAUGCUAGUCAAUGUCGCUCACCGGUAUGAGAACGCUUUCUUGAUUAGUCUGAUUGGUCUGAGACCUGAGAAGUACUUUUGGAUUGGCAUGUCCAACACACUGAAAGCUGAUCGUUUCCAGUACAGCAACGGGGAGAAAGUUAAAUUCACACACUUUAAUGUGGGGAUGCCAGACAGACACCAGGGGUGCGUCGCUAUGCUGACAGGUGAAUCAGCAGGUCUAUGGGAUGUACUGAGUUGUAACAGUAAGCAGAAGUAUAUCUGUAAAAAACUGGCAGAAGGGGUUACCACAACAGCAGUGCCCCCAACAACGCGACCUCUAAAAUGUGCCUCAGGUUGGGACAGAAAGGAUAGUUCCUAUUGCAUUAAGGUGUACAGGAAAUCAAAAGAGAAACAGAAGACUUGGUUUGAGGCUCAUAGCUUCUGUAAUGCCAUUGGUGGAGAAUUGGCCAGUUUCCACUCAGAUGCAGAAGUCAACUCCCUGUCUUAUGCAGGUUCAAAUCCAGCCUGGAUUGGCUUUAGCUUUCAGGGCACUGGCAGUGGCUUUGUAUGGUCAGAUGAAUCCCCUUCGGACUAUGAAAACUGGUCUUUUGGAGAGCCCAACAAUUACAAUGAUAAUGAGCACUGUGCGGAGACCAGCUUUUAUUAUGGCCAUCUGUGGAAUGAUCGGGACUGUGAGGCGUACAAUGACUGGAUCUGCCAAAUACGAUUAGGAACGACCCCAAAACCACCUCCUACUGCUGUCACUAUAGCUGAAUAUAACGUCACUGAAGACGGUUGGAUUCAGUAUAAUGGUAGUCAGUAUUUCAUCAAUCAGGAUGAGCUGUCUAUGGACGAAGCUCGUGCUUACUGCAAGCAGAACCACGGCGAUCUUGUUGUGAUAUCUGGUCAUACAGAGAGGAGGUUUCUAUGGAAACAGAUUGUUAGAGGCUCAGAGAAUCAGUACUACAUUGGCAUGACUGUUGGAUUGGACAAGUCCUUCAGCUGGGUAGACGGUUCUCCAGUGGUCUUCACGGCAUGGGACCAAAACGAACCGAACUUUGCUAAUAAUGACGAGAAUUGCGUGACCAUCUACAAGAGCAUGGGAUUCUGGAAUGACAUAAAUUGUGGGGUGCCGUUACCUUCCAUUUGUGAGAGGGGUAGCAAUUUUGUAAACACCACCUUGGCUCCAACCAUGGUUCCAAAAGGCGGCUGUGCUCCAGAGUGGAUCACUUUCCAGGGCAAGUGUUACAGGUUUGUUAGUGACGAGAAACCAUGGCACUCUGCUCGUGACUACUGCAUUGCCCAAGGAGGAAACCUGGUGUCUAUACUCAACCAACAAGAACAGGCGUUCCUGAUUAGUAAAAUGCUGACUUUCAAAGACGACCUGUGGAUCGGUCUAAAUGAUGUCAACUGGGAAAUGCGUUUUCUGUGGACUGAUGGGAAGGGCGUCGGCUUCACCAACUGGGCCAAGGGUCACCCUGUGUCUCUGCCACACGAUCGAACCUCCUUCACAGAGAGAUCUUAUGACUGCGUCAUCAUGGUGAGGAAUCCGGAACGGAUCACCGGCCACUGGAAGGUGGAAUCCUGUGGAAGGUCCGCAGCUUUCAUCUGCAAAAGGAAUAUCGACUCCCAGAUUUUGCCUCCGCCGACGACAGCGUCACCAGGGAUGUUCUUCAUGCUGGGAAAUGAUUCGUACAAGCUUCAGUUGGAGCGCAUGACCUGGGAUGAGGCCAGGAGGCAAUGCAAGGCGGAUGAUGCAGAUUUAGCCAGCAUACGGGAUUCCAUCAGCCAGGCUUUCACUUUGCUAAGGAUGGGCGCAGUCAAAGAGCCAGUCUGGAUUGGCCUUAACAGCAACCAGACAGGAGGCUGGUACCGCUGGGUGGACAACUGGUCUCUGCUUUACAGUAACUGGGCGACAGGGGAACCGAAGAAAAACUUGGCUUGUGUGUACAUUGACACGGGCGGCGUCUGGAAAACAGGCGAAUGCAGCAGCACCUACUACUCUCUCUGCAAACGCUCCCCAAAUAUUGCUCCAACUGAACCCCCCCAGCAUCCAGGAAACUGCCCUGAACCCAAAAAGCGUAAAACCUGGAUCCCCUUCAGAGGACAUUGCUACGCCUUUAUCGCUUCGUCGACGGAAAAUUGGGCGCACGCCACCGUGGAGUGCAUGAGAAUGGGUGCAUCACUGGUGAGCGUUGAGGACCCGCUCGAAUCCGGUUUCAUCCAAAAGAACCUGGAGAUCCUGCAGGAUGGAACCAGGUCGUUCUGGAUAGGAAUGCAUCGCAAUUACGCAGGAGAUUGGCUGUGGAUUGAUAACUCAGUGGUGGACUACACUAACUGGAAAUCACGAGCUCCCAGUUCCUCUGGUGAUUGUGUUGAGGCCUUAACAGAAUCGGGCUUGUGGAGAAAUACCCACUGCAACUCUUACAAGUCCUACAUCUGCAAGAUAGCCAAAGUGGUACCUCCAACACCGAAGGCUACAGAAAUAAUUGCUGCGUUGAAACAGGAGCCCCAUAGUUACGCUGGCAUCGGUAUAGGCGUUGUCUUGGUGAUUGUUGCCGUGGUGGGGUUGGCGGUGUUUUUGCAGUUUAAGCGAGCGCCCAAACCCGUGGAAGGAGAGUGCACGUUCGACAACACCCUGUACUUCAGCUCUGACCCGACUAGAUCUACCACCACCGUCGACACCAAAGGGCUGGUCGCCAACAUCGAGCAAAAUGAACAUGCAUAA